AUGGAGGGAGGGCGGCCGGGCGGGCGGCGGAGCGCCGGCGUGAGUGAGCGCCGGCUGUGGAGCGGGGCGGUUCUGCUCGGGAGGAGUCCGGCCGGGCUCUCGGGGCGGCAGGGAGAGGCGGCGCCGCGAAGGAGGCUCGGCCGCUCCGGCGGGAGCUGUGCCGUGCGGGGCACGGGCGGCAGCAGCGCCGUCAGCAAAUGCUCGGCGGCGGAGCGGGGAUACGUGCGGGACCGCUUCGUGCGGCUCCUUGCGGGCCGGCCGCGGAGGAGAACUGCGCUCAUCCACCGAGGUUAUUAUGUCCGUGCCCGUGCUGUAGAUCACUGUGUUCAAGAUUUCCUGCUGAAGACCAGAAGUCAUCCUAGGAGACAGAUCCUGUCUCUAGGUGCUGGCUUUGACUCCUUGUACUUCCGUUUGAAAGACAUGGAUCUUCUACAUCACACUGUGAUAUACGAGGUGGAUUUCCCAAGUGUGGUGUGCCAAAAAGCUGCUCUGAUCAAGAGGACGGAAGAGUUGUCAGCACUGGUGGGAGAUGCUGGAGCAGAAGGGUUAGGAGUCACCACCGCCUUUUCUGGGAAGGAUUAUAGGUUAUUGGGAGUGGAUUUAUCAGAGCUGCCAAAGCUGAGUGCAGCUCUAGAUGAAGCAGGACUGGACAGUGAAGUCCCCACCCUUUUCAUAGCAGAGGUGGUGCUCACCUACAUGGAAAGCAGCAGGUCAGAUGCCUUGAUUCAGUGGGCAGCAGAGCAUUUCUCUCAUGCGUGCUUUCUGCUGUAUGAGCAGAUGCACCCAGAGGAUCCCUUUGGACGUGUAAUGCAACAGCAUUUCAGUCAGCUGAACUCUGCACUUCGUUCUUUGUCUCAAUACCCUGAUUGUGAAGCACAGCAGAAGCGUUUUUUUGAAAAAGGCUGGACUGAGUGCAGUGUCAUGGAUAUGAAUGAGUUUUUCACCCAUUGUAUUCCAGAAGAUGAGCAACAAAGAGUGCAGGCUCUGGAGCCUUUUGAUGAAUAUGAGGAAUGGCAUCUGAAGUGUUCUCAUUACUUUGUCCUGACUGCAUCAAAGGGGAUGGAACCCUCCUGGACUCCAUUAUUAUCCAACGUGGCAGUUCCUCCUCAUCAUGGCCCUGUCAGGUUGGCUGGGAGCGUCAGUGCGUUGGCAUGUGCAGCUCAGUCUGAAGUUGUUGGCUUGAGACGUUACGGUCACCACUCUGCUCUUAUAAAACCUAAUGUGAUUCUGACCACUGGAGGCUUUGGGGAGGAGAAUGGACAUCACUGUCGUAUGAGGAGUUUUCAUGUUCUUACGAAGUAUGCAGGCUCCUGGCAAACCAGAUGUGUGAAAAAGGAAAAUCCUGAUCAAGGAUGGGAUGAGCGACUGUACCAUACGGUGUCAUGUCUCUCAGACAGCCUGGCCCUGGUGGUAGGAGGACGAACGUCCCCAUCAAAUGCAGCGUUGGGAAUGUUGUGGCUGAGGUUCCCCAAAAUCUGUAAUGACUCAGAUCCAGGUGAUGUUACUGUGGAGCCUGUAAGUCUGCAGCCCGCUGCUGAACCAGCUGCUUUGCGUUGGAGACACAGCACAACUGAAGUAAUAUUCAAAGGAGAGAAGUACCUGUUUAUGUAUGGAGGCCGCUCUGCUGUGCAGCCAGUGCUUGGGGAUUGGUAUUUCCUGCACGUCCCAGAAAUUUCCUGUGCUACGAUCGCUGUUGAGGGUCCGGUACCAGAAGGCCGCCACUCGCACAGUGCCUGCAGUUGGAAAGGAGGAGCGCUGAUCGCCGGAGGUCUGGGAGCAGCUGAGCAGCCCUUAAGUUCAGUUUUCCUUCUGAGGGAGGCUGAACGGGGCUUUCGGUGGCAGAUUGUGGAGACGCACCCUCCUCUCAUCCCAAGGUACUCGCAUACUGCUCAUGUGCACGAUGGAAAACUUGUGCUUGUUGGUGGAGUGUGGUUUCACUCGCUGUGCGUGCCAGGCAUCACUGUCGUUGACUUAAUGACUGGGCUGUGCUUGGACUACACAAUUAAUGCGGAACAUUUGGAGUGGCCUUUAAUGCUGCAUAAUCAUAGCAGUGUUUUUCUGCCAGAUGAGAAGGAGUUGCUGCUUAUUGGUGGUGGUGGGAACUGCUUCUCCUUUGGGACACACUUGAAUCCAAAUCCUAUCUCACUGAACCUCAGCAGCAUUCUGACCAGCCACUGACAGGGACCAAACAGGACUGAACUGUAAUGCUCCACCAUGGUGUGACAUCUGCUUACCUGCAUGUCCAAGAGCAACAAAAUGUUACUUGCAACGUUUUUUGUAUCCUGAACACAUCUGUAAAGGUGGGAUAAGGAGAAGGGAUUAAGAAGUGAAGUUCUGUCAAGGGGUUGCAUACCUCAUCUGUCUGUCUUCUUUUUCUUUUUUUUUUUUUUUCAGUCCUUUUUUGUGUUGUUUCAAAGAGUAUUUUUCCAGAACUAGCUCUGUAGCCCUUAGAGGUGAAAUAAGGAGCUCUGCUGUGUUCAAAAGUGAUGUAAGUUUGCACAGUGCUGACUUGAAGCUAGCGAGAAGUCACUGCGUCAAGAAGCCGUUGGAAAUAUGCAACCCAGCAUCACUAAAUGUGAAACAGAAUGUGUCAUUAGUCAUACCUGAAUGUUUCUAAAGGCCUUUGUAAGGGUGUAUGGAAGGAGUGUCUAUUCCUUUAGGGAUAUCUGGUCAAAUACUAAUUUACAGUGCAACAAGGGGAAAAUGGGAAAGGGAGGAAGACGUAAGCAGGAACGGACCAGCAAAUGAUAAGGAAGGCCAUAAUGGGAAGCUGCCCGGUCAGUCAGUUUUAUGGGCAGGUGUAAGUGUGUGAGAAUGCUUAUUCCAGCAAGGUUAUCUGACUAGGGACUUUAUUGAGUGGGAAACUAAAGGAAAAAGAAACCAGAAUAAACGAUGACAUAGACCUGACAAAACAAACAUGGAGAAAUGUCAAGAAACAAAUCUCUGAUAAUCUGGGACAGCGUGGGACUCAGUAGAGCCUGCAAACCCAUGGUGAGGUGCUCAAAGAAAAGGGGAACCAGGGAUGAACAGAGUGAAGAUGCUGGAAAAUCAAGGUUAUAAAAGUUGUGUGUGAAAUAGAAUUGGUCAGGGCUUGUCUGGCAUCUGCAUCUGUUGACUACAAUCUGUUUUAUUAUAAUUUCUUAUUAAAUCUGAACUCACUCUGUAUAUUCACA